AUGGCGUUCUUAUUUCAAGAUUCUGGUAUUGCUGCUUCAAUAUUCUUAGUUUUAUUUUUUAUCUACACUUUAUUUGCUGCUAGAGUAGUUUAUGAAAAGGGUUUGAAAUCAAUUUAUACUUCACUUCUAUUAUUUGGGAUCUUUAGAGUUUGUGGACAAUUUUGUGGUAUUGCAUUUGCCAAAUUGGGAUAUGCCCAUUAUCAAUGGUUAAUUGCAUAUUUGGUAUUCAGUGCAGAAGGUUAUUUUACUUUGAUAUUAGCUUCAUUUCAUUUAAUUGCAAAUGCCCAAGUUGCAACUACUGGUAAAUCAUGGGUUCGUCCUACACCUGAACAACGUAAAGAAAUGAAAACUAAAGCAAAAACAAUUAAAGAAAAAUUUCAUGCAUAUUUUCCACCAUCUACUAUUUUCCAUAUGUUAUUAAUUCCAGCAAAUGCUUUAAUCAUAUCUGGUGGUACCAUACUUGUAGGUCAACAACCGGGAAAUUAUAACCCACAAACAGUUGAAUCUUCUGAAGGAUUACGGACUGCUGGUCAAGUUAUAUUCUUGUCACAAACUUGUGUUGCUAUCUGUUUGGCUAUCUAUGUAUAUGUUAAGGGAGGCAUAAGACAUAAUAAUCUAUACAGUGUCUUCUUGGUUGCUCCUUUCAUUAUAGUAAGAGGUAUUUUUGGUGUUUUAUCUAUUUAUCUUAAGGAUAUGAAUUAUUAUGAUGUUGCAAAUUAUACAGCAAAUGGGUUCGAUACAAAAUUUGUUAUUUAUGAGUACGUUUUAGCUACUACUAUGGAGUUCAUCACUGGUUGUAUUUAUGUAUCGAAUUAUUACUUUGAUACAAGAUUCAGCAAAAGACUCGACUAUGAAGAAAAAUAUGAUGAUGAAAUAUUUAGUGAUAAAGAUGAUAACGGGAAAAUUUAG